AAAAUAGAAAAUAAUAAACAUUUCCCAAUAUUUCACUAUAUAAAUGGGUGCCUGAUUGAUCUAAAACAUUGCACACUAGCUUUCACAUACACAGCAAUGGGUCUCAGCAAGCCUUUGUUUCGGGCAAUACUCGUCCUGCUUCUGCUCGCCGCGGCCACCGAGAUGAGCACGACGGUGGUGGAGGCGAGGACUUGCGAGUCGCAGAGCCACAAGUUCAGGGGAACGUGUGUCAGCAAUACCAACUGCGGCUCCGUCUGCCAGACCGAGGGCUUCCAUGGCGGCCACUGCCGUGGCUUCCGCCGCCGCUGCUUCUGCACCAAACAAUGCUAAGUAGCUACGAUCGCUUCGGCUUCUGCUUCUGAUAUUUUGCGAGAAUAAAAUCUCACAAUCUAUGUUGUGAGGUCCUCCACGUCUCUAUCCCUUCUCUUUUCUCCCGUCUGUGUUGUAACCCGUUUUGUACUCGGCUGUGGUGUUCGUAUUGGAAAUAAAUUUUUGUAUUCCAAAAUCA